CCGACGACCAGAAGGGGACCCAAGAAAGGGGGCGAGCGACCGAGAGCGGCGGCGACGCGGGGUGAGUGUGGUGUAAAGGAAUUCAUCAGCCAUGGAUGCAUUCAUGAAAGGACUUUCAAAGGCCAAGGAGGGAGUGGUGGCUGCUGCUGAGAAAACCAAACAGGGUGUGGCAGAAGCAGCAGGAAAGACAAAAGAGGGGGUUCUCUACGUAGGUUCCAGAACCAAGGAAGGAGUGGUCCAUGGUGUAACGACAGUGGCUGAGAAGACCAAAGAGCAAGUGACAAAUGUCGGAGAGGCGGUGGUGACAGGGGUGACAGCAGUUGCACAGAGGACAGUGGAGGGAGCCGGCAACAUUGCAGCCGCUACUGGCUUUGGCAGAAAGGACCAGUUGGGCAAGAGUGAAGAAGGAGCUCCACAGGAAGGAAUUCUGGAAGAUGUGCCCGGGGAGCCUGACAAUGAGACGUAUGAAAUGCCUUCUGAGGGAGCUUAUCAAGACUACGAACCUGAAGCCUAAGAAAUACCUUUGCUCCCAGUUUCUCGAGAUCUGCUGACAGAUGUUCCACCCUGUACAAGUGCUCAGUUCCAACACGUCCAGUCAUUUUCCCAAAGUUUUUACAGCGUAUUUUGGAUUCUUCCAUCAGCAGUGAUUGAAGUAUCUGUACCUGCCCCCCACUCAGCAUUUCGGUGCUUCCUUCUCACUGACGUGAAUAUAUGGUUGCAGGUCCCUGUGUGCUGUGUGAACAUUGUGGCUUCAAAUAUAAAAUGUUAAAACAAAUUAAAAACACCUAAGUGACUACCACUUAUUCCUAAAUCUUCACUAUUUUUGUUGUUGUUGCUCUUGUUGAGAAGUUGUGACUUACUAUCAUAUAUUUUAAGAUUUUUAGGUGUCUUUUAAUGAUUCUGUCUAAGAAUAAUGAUGUAUUGUGAAACUUGUUAAUAUAUGUAAUACUUAAAAAUAUGUGAGCAUGAAACUAUGCACCUAUACAUAUUAACUAUGAAAUUUUACUGUUUUGUGGUGUGUUUUAUUUGUGUUUGUACAUAAAUGGUGAAAAUUAAAAUAAAAUAUUAUCUCAUUACAAAAAUCUUUUUAUCCCAUCUCACUCUAA